UCUGGUACUGACACGACAGCUAUACAAUCCACAGGUCUCACAACAUUUUGUCAAAGUGUAACAAUGAACCGCACUAGACAGCGAACACAAGGGGAUUGAAAUAGGGAGACUAAUGAUAACAUAACAGGUGACACAGGUAAAACAAUAAUGACAAAACGAGGACAACAAGGGGGCAGGGCAAGGAACUGAUGCAACACAAGCACAUGACCCAAAGACAAGGCCAUGUGCUUUCACACAAAACACGGGCCUGUCAUGAUCCUGCCUCAAGACUAAAGAAAAUCAAGAACACGAGGGAAGAAUCAUGACACGUUCGGCCUGCUGGGCCACGGACGGACAGCCAAUGUACGGCAGAGAGUUCAUCAGGGCGGUCAUCUUCACCUGCGGAGGCUCGCGGUGGAGGAGGUCUCUGGAUGUUUCAGGUGACCUCUCCAGUGAUCUGCUCUCCGCUCAGGACCCCAUCGUCCCUGGACUGUCAUACAGACCCCGUCCUGACGCAGAGGCCCAUGUCUGGACGGGAGAGGGCCCGGAGGACCCUGUGUUCAUCUCAGAGGAAGUGCUGGAGGCCUCGCCCUCGUCAGACAGGAAGGGGCGGGGCGUGGUGGUCGGACUGUCCAAUGCCUGCUGUAAAUAGGGCUGCAGUAAGAGUGAAAUCAGCUCAUUGUGUUAAAGGACUGUGUGACCCCAUUUCAAGCCGUUCCUCGCCCCUCAUUCACGCCAACCUGAACAAUGAAGGGGGAGCGGUUGUUGAAGUUUAUUCCUAUGAAAUAUUGACAUAUAUGUGUGUCAGUGAUGUAGAAAUGGCUAAUUUUAGCAAAAGCGAAGAGAGCUGUUUGUCAGUCUAUUCAGAAGCUGCUCAUCUCUGAUCUUCUGAUUCUCUUGUGUGGUUACUGAUUUAAUAACUGCACAUUUGAAUAAAGGUUUGAUUGCGAUAGAGUUUGGGGUCACAUGGUUAUUCAAAUUAUUUUAAUAUAAAGUUUACAGAUUCUAAACAAACCUCCCUUGUUCACAAA